CGAUGUGCUGAGUUCAAGCAAAGCGGUGUGUAUAGUUGUUGUUACACGAUGGUUCAGCAGGUAAAAAUUGAGAGUAAAGUCUUUAGGUUUGGGCACAUCUACGGAAAGGGGUUCGCAUAGUUCUCCACAGCUUUUCAACGGGUAUUAGCGACUAUGGAGCACGCAGAGUGCCAAGGCAAGAUUAAGAUAACGGACUGACCCGAGUUCUAUGCAUUAGGGAGAUUUAGGAGAUAAGGUUUAGGUGAUAAUGUUGCGAAUGUCAUAUCGAGUCUUUCUCAAGACACCCAUAUUAAUUCACUCAUCUUGGAAAUAAUUGGCGUAGUGGCGAAAGCGUUGUGGCCCCGCAAUCUACGAUAUGUAGAAAUAAUUCCCACCUCCUCCUCACUCUCGGGUAGCGGAGACGAAUUGAGGAUAUUCCGGCUUGGCAAGAAACGAUGUUACCUCGAUAACUUAAAUUAAUGAAAUUCGCCCGCGCGGGAGCUUUUCCCUUGAAAAUUGUUCCAUCAGACCUCCUUGGUUGCUCUCGUCAAUUAAAACGCUGCUGAUGCGCAUUUCAUAAAGAGGGGGUUUGGCGCUUAUCUGCUCAUGAAUCCAUGAAUCCAAGGAGCUCAAUUUCCUGCCCGCUUUAUUACGCUCCCUCCCUCGGACGCCCAAUUUCAAGUUUCUCAAACUUGAAAGAGAUCUCGGAACAAAUCUCACCGAAUCAGACUAGAAGAAGAUCAAGAUGUCGAAAGAGCUUGAAGAGGCAUUGCCACACCACAACAGCAUGGACAUCACGAGACCCAGUGAUCCUACUGAGAAAUCCUUUCAUGCGAAAAUGAAAAAACACUUCGCACAAGAAGUAAGCACGGAUCAUGCAGACAUUUUGAUGUUGAUUUGUUGUCUCAUCACGGGAUUUCUAGACAGCACAUUGUAUAAUGCUUUCAAGACCUUCGUGUCUAUGCAAACUGGUAAUACGAUCUUCGUAGCUCUCGGUGCCUCGGAUCAGAACAAUCGACCUUUCGGUUGGGCAAGAUCGCUCAUUUCCAUCGGAUUCUUUUGUAUUGGCUCCUUUACCUUCUCACGAUGCCAUCGCUUCUGUGGCCCCCUUCAGCGGAGUACCCUUAUUGCUUCGUUUUUAAUCCAGAGUUGUUGCAUCUUGCUAUCAGCCAGUCUAGUUCAGGGGUUUGUCAUUGAAGGCAAUGUACCGGCUGAUUUGGGAACUCAUUGGGACCAGGUUGGUCCAAUUGCGUUGUUAAGUUUUCAAGCGGCGGGUCAAAUCGUCUCUUCUCGCUUCCUAGGCGUGGGAGAAGUUCCUACUAUUGUCAUUACAUCGCUUCUCUGCGAUUUACUAUCCGAUCCUCUUCUCUUUACUCCCCUAACGAAAAACCCAAAGAGAAAUCGAAGAGCGAUAGCUUUUGUAUUGACCAUGGUAGGUGCGAUUGUUGGAGGGUGGGUUAGCAAGGUUACGAAGAGUGUUAGUCCUAUGCUCUGGGUCGCUGGCGGGUGUAAAAUUGCAUUAACCCUAGUCUGGGGUUUGUGGAAGGAAAAGGUAUAGAAGACGAAAGCUUGGUCUUUGAUCAGGGGCGGAAACUUGAAUUACAAUAAUAUAGAAGGUGGUGGGAAGAUUGCGUGAUUAGAGAAGAACAGAUAACUUAGAAGUGUAGAUGAAUAUAAAAUGUGCAGUACCUCAUACCCAUAACAAAAUUGCGAAAGCA